AUGGGAGCACAGCUCACAUGUGGCUGCUGCGCGAAAGAGGGCAGCCUUAUCGACGAUCGCCAGGAUUCACGCAUGUUCUUCUGCAGGAAGCCAUGUGGCCUGGAUGAGCUAGAGACAGACUUCAGCUGCGAUCCAGCAGGCGCUUUCUUUGAAGACACGCUGCUCUCCGCAUGUCUCAGCGAAAUGGACAAGGUCAGCUUUAGCUUUGCAAGCUCAGCCAACUUGGCUGGCCUCAGGUGGUGUUUCGUCUAUGGUGCCAAUCCCACAGCCUGCGAUAGCAACGGGACGAGUCUUCUGCACGUCGCAGCCCGAGCUGGCAGCUACCAAAUCGUCAAGGACCUGGUCCUUCGCUCGACGGACGUGAAUGCUGUUGACUGUGCUGGGUGGACCCCACUGCAUGUCGCCAGCUGCAUGGGGCGCCAGGAUGUGUCUUUCUAUCUCCUGCAAGCGGGCGCGAAGUCCAGCAAGACAGCCAGGGGCCAGACACCCGAGGAUCUCUGCAGCCACCCUCACACCAAGGAGGUCGUUAUCGGCUUUGAGGAGCGCCGGCCCAAAGUGGCGCAGGUGGGGCUCCCAACCCGAAGCAUGCCAGCUUUCGACGCCAUGGGCUCGGGUGAUGAGCUGGGCGCCAGCUUGCACUUCGAGCCUUUUUUUGUUCCGCGGGAGCCGGUGCUGCAUGAGCCCCGGCAUCGGGAGGAUCUUCAGCAGCUGGGCGUAUCGAUCUUUAAUCGGAGUCCCGGUCACGGGAUCGCCUUCCUGGUUGCCAUCGGGAUCGUCCGGGAUUUCCCUGUGGAGAUCAACAACUUCCUUGUAAGGCUCAAUGCCGACAGGGAAAAAAUCGGGGACUACCUGAGUGAGGAGUAUCCGACAGCUCAGACGCUGCGCUUGGAGUUUUUGAAUUCCCUACCCCUUUUGGGGACCGGUGUUCUGACAGCACUACAGACAGUGUCACACGACCUCACGCUCCCACGCGAUUGGCUCAAGGUGGAUCGGCUUCUGCGAGGUGUGGCGCAUUUCUGGUGGAAGCAGCACGAGGAAGAGAUCAAUGAGCGCCGCAAUGAGGGUGGUGCAUCCUCUUUCCGUGAUGCCCCAGAUGAUUCAGGUGAGCUUUUCGGGCUCGAUCUCCAGCGGGCCUUGCUUGGCACUGAAGGCUUCCACAGGCUGCUGUUCUCGACGUUGAUGCUCUACAGGUGGCUGAGGAGCGGACACGAGAUGUCCAUCAACACCUGGGUGCAACUGAACGCCGGCAUCGAGGGGGCCGGAAAUGACUUUCCGUUUCAUGUUCAGAUGGCCAUCCACAAGGCCGUGGCUUCCAACGAGCUAAAGCUGCAAGCCGACCGGGCAGAGCGGCUCGCCAAGCCUCCCUUCCCAGCUCUGCGCGGCCGCGCCUUCGUGCGCUACAACGGCCGGCCGCAGACGGACGGUGAUCUGGCACACUGGCCUCAGGCAUCGCCGCACGUCCUGGCUGCCGAGGGAGGCGUCCUUGCUGCUGGAAGGAUGUCCCCGCAGCCGGCUUUUGUGCAAGCCUCACGAGCAAGGACGGCCCUCACUGCGUUUGCUCAGCCUUUUGAUGCUGGUGGGUCUGGAUCCACGGACGAAGAGGCGACAUGGCUUUGCUUGCAUCAGUGGCUGCUUCUGCUGGCCUCCAGCGAUGGUGCGGCCCCGUUUGCCUUUGUGUCUUUGAAGAAGGUUGCGCUUCUUCGGGCUGAUGCCCGGGUGCUGCAAGUCACCUUGGCGCGCAGGGUGGAGGGAGACUGGCCGUCGGUCGCCGUAGAUGACGACUGGCUGGAGCUGUGCCUUCUGCUCGGGGACGGGCGGUUUCAAGUCUUGGAGGCGCCCGAGCUGGUGAUGAGGUUUGAGGACGAAGCCGACUUCCAGAACUGGGCCGGAUACCUGCGAGAGCUCUGCUGCGAGGAUCCCGAGCGCCGCCGAGCUGCCCUCAAGGUUCCUUGGUAG